GGCCGAGCUCUGAUUGCACGUCAGAAAAAAAUUAUGGAAGGUUGCUCUGCCUUAACCUGCUACUUCUGCUUCGUUUUGCAACUCAUCCUCGGACUCUGCUCUAUUCACCCUACCAUCUCGCAUCGGUUUCUAUCUUGACAAUCCGCCUUAGUCGCCGGGCCAAUCCAUCACAUCUAUUCCGGCGAGCCCACGCGAUCCUCGCGAGAUCAGGCCUAUUCCUACGCGCUCUUCCGUCUUCAAGCACCAAGCUUAUCAUUGCCGCACGUAAUCCCACCUUCUCCCUCCCCAGACUCCCCAACCUCUCCGGCCUUCUCGCCUCGCCCAACGAACCCACACGCCCGCCUACGCACACCUACCCACUCUGGCAAUAUGGUCCAGCCAAGCACGAUAAUGUCGAUAACAGCUGCAACGGCGGCAACCGGUAUUCUCGCAUACGCGGUCUACUUCGACUAUCAACGACGCGCAGACCCCAAUUUCCGACGAAACUUGCGGCGGGAGGAGCGACGGCACGCGCGCGCCGAGAAGGAGGAGGCCGCCGCGCAGUCUAAGAAGAAGCGCAGGGAUGUGCAGCGGCUCGUUGAAGAGGCUGCCGGGGCAGGUUACCCCUCCGGCGUCAACGAAAGGGAACAAUUCUUCAUGGAUCAAGUCCAACAGGGCGAGCUCCUGGCAGCCGAUCCAUCCAAAACGAUGGAGGCCGGCCUAGCCUUCUACAAGGCUCUGAAGGUGUACCCGACCCCAGGAGACCUAAUUUCCAUCUACGACAAGACCGUGGACAAGGUAAUAAUACGCAAACACUCACCAUCCCGCCCUACAUUCGGCCAGGCUAGGAUAAUCCCGCUAACCCUAUACGUUCGAAAACCUGCAGCGCGUAUUAGACGUUCUAGCCGAGAUGAUCGCCUACGAUAAGAACUUGGAUCUCAGCCCGGGCAUCAAUAUUGCGGACUUACCUACUGCCGGUCUAGAUUAGAGAUGGGACCGAGGACUCGAUAGGAGGAAGGGGGCCAAAGACAGGCUGGAGCUCAUCCGCCCCCUCCCUCCUUUCCCAGUUGCGAAAAACGAUUAUAUGAACGAUGAUACUCCCUCCACUCUUUACCUUACGAAACGACAAAAAAA